AGUUUUGUUUUCACGAAAAACUUUUUUUCUUUAAAACCGUUUUCUCUUAUCAGAAGUUAAAUCACAGGGGAAAAUACUGUGGGUUCAUCCAAAAUCAACACUCUGCUUCAGAAUCCUGGCCAAAACCUAAGGAGUAAUGGUCCUGGGGGGGCACAGUAGCACUGGAAAUGGACCCCCGUUCAGAAAGGCUGGUCAGCUCUGCUUUAAACUACAAGCGACAGACAAGGGAGCUCAGCGUUCAUUGUUGUUACACAGACCGUCUCGAUUAUCUUAAGGUGGCACCGAUAUAGAGCAGUGUUACAAAAAACAAGAACGAAGGUCUGUCUCAGGGUUUUUCGAACUGCAGUGUUUCUUGUGUCUUCAUUGCGAUUUUUAGAUGCGAUGAAGUCGCUUCUGCACUCCUUUGGACACAGCUGAGCGUCCAAGCGCUGGACAGUGCCACCCUCGUCCCCCUCCCCCCCCACCCGGCGUCCCAUGCCGGCCAGGCGACCCCGAGACCAGCGCCAGGAACCCCCCCGGCAAACCGGCGGCGCGCCAGAGCAGCGACCUUGGACGGCUCCACGCUCGGCUGCGAUAUCGCCUCAGACUUCGGACUGACGGGACAACAGCAACAGCGCCAGCGCUGAGUCAGCGCCCAUCCACCCGCGGCCGCGGGAGCCCACCACGACCCCUCCUCGUUUUCCUGCGCUUCUACCGCGAGACCGCAUGGGAGCAUCCGCGCAUUUCAAUCAAACCCUUUUGCAGGACACGAGGUACAGAUACAGCACAAACACAGCAGAUCCAUAGCAGGCUGCCAUAGGACCAGUAACCAGCUCCGUGGGCGCAUCCCACUAAACCAUCGACUCUGACACCUCGUCGGCGGGGAAGACUGGUUACCUUGGCGUCUCCGCUAGCAACAGGGCUGUCAAACGAUCACCGUGCCCCCCCGUGAAAAUACUGGAUCGGGUCCAUUUUUGCACAAGGGGAAAUUCACGGUCUCCCUCCCUCUUCAUCCCUACCAACAAGACGCUCCGCUGGAUAUAGGCUGAACAUCGUGGCUCUCGUCCCCCUGGUCCUGAAGUCUGGGAACCAGGGCGAGGUGGGAGGUGGGGGGGAAGCGGGGGGCACCGAGUAGCUCUGCUUCUGUGGCUCUUCUAAGGCAUCAUCCACCACAACUGAGCUUCAAAGGGCCAGUCAGAGAGACCUCACAACAAUAAGAACUGCCUCGUCAGCACUGUUUGGAAGGAGGGAUGGUGGAUGGUGUGGCUGUCCACACCUCUUCCUCUGGGGAGGAGGGUUCGGGGAAAAUCUGAGGGGUCAGGCCCGGUUCAGGACAGGCUUCCCCUCCCUCUGCCACUGCCACCGGCGCCUCGACUGUCAGUCCCGCCUGAUGACUUUUUUUUUCCCCGUCAGAGCACAGACAGUGCGCCCUCCUGCACACGAAGCCGGCUUCUCAAGAGCAACUCGGAGCUGCAAGUCGGCAGGCGCGCAGUACCUUAGCUGUGCCCACUGCACUCCCCUGCCCUUCCUGCUGGGAUCCCUCCCUGGGUGCUCGAGGACUCCUGCCCCCAAAGCCUCAUUACCCCAGUUUCCAAGCGACAGGCCUCUAAAGGGAACACAGUUCCUGAGCGGACGGCCCCUGGCAAAUCUAUUUCCAGGCCCGAUCGGCUUACACCUUCCCCGCGAUGCCCUCUCCAUCUCUCUCCAGGCCGACAUGAGCGUUAAUGCAGUCCUGUGUGACGAGCGCAUUCAGAGAGAGGGCACCUUGCAAUCUGAUCUCUCGCCCUCUGCCUGUCUUCACUCUGCCUCUAAGGUACGAUUCCCGGGAGCUGGUCUCGCCCGGCGGGCGCCGCCGGCCGCGUGCCCCCUGCAGUGCCAGCCCAAGCGCAGCACAGAAAUGAGUUCCAGGUCAGCGGCGGAAGGAUACGCGGCGGAGGAGCAGUGCUCCGGCAGUGCUGGGGCGGAGGGAUACGUGAAGGAGUUCACCCGGCACUCCAACGACGUCCUGCUCAACCUGAACGAGCUCCGGCACCGGCAGAUCCUCACGGACGCCACCCUGGUGGUGGGCACCAUGAAACUGCGGGCACACUGCGCCGUGCUGAUCGCCUGCAGCGGCUUCUUCUACUCCCUGUUCUCCCGGCGGGGCUCGGCGGAGCUCAGCGUGCUGACCCUCCCCGCCACGCUGGACGUGGGGGCCGUCUCGCUGCUCCUGGACUUCAUGUACACCUCCCGCCUCCCCCUGUCCCGGCACACGGUGGGGGCCGUGCUCACCGCCGCCACCUACCUGCAGAUGGAGCACGUGGCGGACACCUGCCGCGCCUUCAUCCUCGCCAGCGAGAACAUGGCCAUGCACCCCAGAUCCCCCGGGCUGGACUCCUCUGGGGCCCUGCAGGUGCCCACCGGCGGCGCACAUCCCUGUAGCGCCUCAGGCAGAGGCAUGGGACUGGCCGCUCAGGCCAACGGUGUGCCGGCGCCAAGCUCAGCCCAGCACACGCUGUCCUCCCAGCCACAAGAGGGAGCACCUCUAGGCCAGCACAAGGAUAUACCAAGAGGCCUCUGCGACAGCUGGGCCCCGAGAGGCCCGGGGUCUUGCCUGAAUUCCGAGCCCAGGCCCGAGGGAGUCAAGAUGGAGGCGGAGUCGUCGGGGUCCCCUUCCCCGGCCCCGGACAGUCCCGCGCGGUCCAGCUGUCACCCCAAUUCUCCGUCAGAGGCUAGCGGCUGUGGGAGCCAGACCCCCCACCCCCCCCUCGCAGCCCAGUCGGACUCCAGGCCCAACCCAGACCCCAAGGCCUGCAACUGGAAGAAAUACAAGUUCAUUGUUCUCAACCCACUUUGUACAAGAACCGCCGUCAAAGAGGAGGAGCCCGAAGAGGAGGCGGGGGUGAAGGAGGGGGCGGAACCUUACAGCCACACCCCCACUAGCCCUGAUAGGACGACGUCCUCUGACAGUCCCGCCCAGGAGGCGGGGAAAAUGGAAGAGGGGGUGCAGCCGGACAGGCUGGCGGCGUGCCCCCGGUGCCAGGUGUGCCAGCAGAGUUUCCAGAGCCUCGCCCACCUGUGCCGCCACAUGCUGGGCAGCCACCCUGGAGAGGAUCUGCCGGUGCCCCCCCCGCUGCUGCCGGAGGGCACCCAAGUGGGAGGAGCCAACUCUUGCUCCCUGUGUCACCGGCCCUGCCCCCUGGAGCAGGCCACCCCGGGGCAUCCCUUGCGUUACCACGGUGACGACAGGCAGGAGAACAAGUGUUGCUGCUCAGGAUUCCGUUACCGAGGCAACCUGGGCGGGGCCAAAUCCAUCCACACAGGAGAGAAGCCGUAUCGCUGCAGUGUGUGCGGGGCUCAGUUCAACCGGCCGGCCAACCUGAAGACCCACUCACGCAUCCACUCCGGGGAGAAGCCCUACCGCUGCGACACCUGCGGUGCCCGCUUCGUGCAGGUGGCGCACCUGCGGGCCCACGUCCUCAUCCACACUGGGGAGAAGCCGUACCCCUGUGAGACCUGCGGCACGCGCUUCCGACACCUGCAGACCCUGAAGAGCCACAUCCGCAUCCACACGGGAGAGAAGCCCUACACGUGUGAAAAAUGCGACCUGCACUUCCGGCACAAGAGCCAGCUGCGUCUCCACCUGCGGCAGAAACACGGGGCUGUCACCAACACUAAGAUCCGCUACAAGGUCCUCUCCGACCCCUACCGCACCAUCCUGGAGACCUGCUGAUCCCCAGCGCCGCGACCCUCUGACCCCUGAGCCCCCACGGACACACGGGCCCGACCUCCCGCUCCUUCCCCAACCUGGUUUGCACGGGUGAUCAUUGCCACACUUGGGCAGGGUCAGAGGUCAAGGUGUCCCAACCCGCGCAGGACUGUCCCCCAGUGUUCCCCCGCUCCUCGGUGAGGAGAUGGACCCUUUGCUAUAUUGUUCAGUGUUAAAGGGGGGAAAUGGGAAGAAUGGUUUGGAUUCCCGACAGGGACAGGAGCCAGAAGGGAGCUGUUCCAGAGUGGGAAUGCAGCCCUAUUCCGAGGGAAGGAGCUGGAAUAAAACUGGAUUGGGAAGGAACUAUAGAUGAGACCUGGCGUCACUGCACUGUUCAGAUCAGAAGGUGAAUAUACAGUUAGUCUAGACACAGGUGGUGGAACACAGCUGUAUAUGGGAUGAGGAAUUUGAAUGGAACCGUCGUAAAGGAAGAAAAGCUGGAGGAAGACUGUGUGAGAAGAACCUGGAAGAGAGCUAUUGGUAUAGCUGAAACCUGGAAUAGUUUAUUCCAUGUGAAGGGAACCAGGACAUCGGAGUGGGAGUGGGAAACUGUACAAUCCAUCAUUCCCCGGCUGCUCGGCGACCGAUCAGAAAACAGAAUCUUCAGGUUGUGCUCAACGCCCCUGACAACGCAAGAUGGAACCCGGAGUCACACCACGGCCGCCUGUGAGCAGGAUUCCCCGGGCGACAGCUGGCAGGCAACAAGGCCUGGCUCUCGGCCCACUUCCUGGGUGGUGAUGUCAGCGCAGGACGCGCGGCUCCACCAAUCAGCACUCUCCCUCCGGUCAGGCGCUGGGGAGCCCGGCCCCAGGUGGGCGGGCCAGGGGGUAAGGACAGCCCCCGAGGGGGCGGGCCUGCAAACAGCAGGGGAAUAGGGGUCAGAACAAACGCCUCUCUCUCUGCCGCAGAAGGGUUUUUGGGUCAUGGGUUCAUAGUACUGAGUGCUGGAGAGACAGACAGAAACCCAGGGGCUUCACUCAGGCUGGGAAGUCCAAUAAUUAAUAAUUGCACAAUUUAUCACAGUUCAUUGCCCACAAAAUCUGCACAGUGCCACCCGAGUGCUUUUUUUUUGUGAGUGACUGACUGCCAUAAGUCUUGACCACUGAUCUGAUCUGUAAGGCAGGAAGGUCCCCCUGCCUGUAGAGAUCCUUGAAGCGCUGAGUGAAGAGUCCCUGGGAUCUGUGGCUGGAGUCUUCAGUGUGGGAGAAAUUUUAUACUGUCUAGACUGAAUUUUGUUCUGGUGUAAGCUUACUGCUGUGUGUGUGUGUCAUGGGGGUUCCUGAGGUCACGGGGUCAGAUCAGGAAUCGCAGUCUGUGCUUUCCUCUCAUCUCUGUCCCCUGAUGCUCCCUCCCCUGUGCUGAUCUCUGCGGGUCUUUCUCCGCAUCAUGCUUUCGAGAAAUUCCCAACCUCACAGGAGGGGCAACAAGGCCUUCUGGAUCUUCUGAAGGGGAGAUGCCAAGAGAGAGCGCAGGCCAGCAGGCCAGCGGAAAGGGGGACAAGCUGUUAGAAGCCUGGGGGGAGGGAGGCGGUUAUCUCUGGGUGACAUCACACUCCGCAGGCGGAGCCUAGAUAAGAAGCCACGCCCCCGAUAUACUGCCUACUCUCUGCCCCCCAGGACACACACACACAGACUCCGAGAUCAGUCGGCACCUGGCUCCACUAUCCUGAGUUUCCGAGGUUUGAGGGGUGGUGGAAUGCGCCCCAAAGCUACAAUACUUCACAUGUUACUGCAGGAGGGGGGUCCUAAUUCUAGCUCUCAAGAUCCACACAGGUCAGUUUUUUUUUUGUCACAGAAGUGUCUUUUUCACCCUAGUUCCUAGGUCCCCUUUUCAAAUGAUGAUGAUAUUUGUUUACGUCUAUGAUGAUAUUUUAAAAUCACUUUUCUUAUAGUUUCUUCCCUAGACUCACAAUUACUUAUUUCCACCCCCCACCGUGCAAAAGGGACCCCAGAUCACUGCAGAAGGAAACCCAUAUACCAGUGUUUAACUUCCUCAAACCCUGGGCCACCCCCCUUCUUACUCUUUCCAGCACCAUUCCUGUCUGGAAUCACCCCAUGGAAUCAUUAUUUAUGUCACAAUGGCUUCCAUUUCUUUUUUUUGGCCUGUUUCAAAAUUGCUCAUGGCUGAAGACCGAGUGAGCCUGGCGACCUCUGACCUGCCCGGCAUGCUGGGAUGGAUCGGCCAUUGCUCUGGCAGCAAAAACUGGGGCCCUACAACCCUUUUGAGAAAAGCUGCUUGUCGCACAAACGGCCCCUUACCCAGAAACUGCCCGACCUGUUAACCUGUUAAAUGAGACGACUCGUUUCUUGACGAAAGGCCAUUCACAACAAACAGGGUAUCAUUCUAGUCUCCCCCUGGUUUCCUAACACUCUUAAAAGUAAGUGGUAAGGCACUUGGCUGGGAACCUCCUACUCCACUUGUAGUUUUACUGUUUUUUUUUUCACUUUUUAUUUGAAUUAAUCUGUUAUGGUUGUUUUUGUGAGCUCCCUUGCUAUAAAGAUCCAUCCCACAUCGAUUCCCUUCCUUGCCCACCCCCCACUGCACUCAACCCCCCCAUGACAGAACGAGUCAGUCUCUCCGAUCAGCUCCAGCUGCUAAAUUGCUCCAGCCAUCGUCAGCGAGGCCAACGAACAAGGCCGCACUGCUGAAAGGGAGCCGCGACGCUCUGGUUAUAUUUCAGGGCUGGAAAGAAUCAGCAUUUCAAUGAGUUUGUUUUGUUACUGAGAGUGAAUAAGUGGUCUGGUCAGUUGGGACUGCAGUCCCCCCUUAUUCGGGAAGGGCUGGAGGACUUGGCUCAGUGGCCAGCAUGAUCACUCCUGCAGGAAGAGACAUGUCAACAUUACCAGCACUGUGGAGCCAGGUGGCCACUGUAGGAGCCCUCUACGAUAUUGCUGUACAUUGUGAUGUAAAUAGACAUUCCUACCCCUUGUCUGCCUGUGGAACCGAGAGAAAAUCACCGUGGAGGGAAAGGACCCACUCUGUUCAGACUGCUCUCCCUUCUCUUCUUCUUUUUCUCCAGCUUUCCGUGCUAAUCCCAGAAAAAAAAACACAGCGGGAAGAACCUUUCUUGGGACAGUGUAACUGGGGCAAAACCGCCGGGCGGGGGUGGGAAACAGAAAACCCAAACCAAUCAUUGCUAUUGUGCUGGGUCAGAACAUGACGCAAUUCUCAGAGAGGCGACUGAAGAAAUUGUCGGCUCUGGCAUCCUAGAGCGAGAUUUUGAUCGAUUUAAAAGCUUGCGUAGAAAAUGUGAGCCAGCAUCGAGUGUUUCAGCUAAAGCUGAAAGAAUGAAAUGGGAAAAAUGGAGUCACAAACAUUCCUGUUGCAUGAGCAUAGUCAAACCAAUCCAGGCUCCCAGUGAGAGGAGGCUCUUUGGCCUGUUUGUCUGGUCUCAGCAUUCCAUCAGGCUGUUUUCGAAAGAAGCCAGGGUAUUGGCUGUCCGGCUUGUUCCCGACCCCCGCCGCCCUUUGUGUAAAGCUGCUCCCAUUUUCCCGCAAACGUUUUAGCAAAACGUCUUUAAUCCAAAAGGUCAUAUUAACUGUGGCGAAAUUGGAUCCGGGAUCCCUUGAGCAUGUCUACCCAGAAGACGUUGAUGAACUCUUGUAGCUCAACCUGAAAUCCCUCCAAUCUGUGUUUAAAACACUUGGAGCGGGCUGCGCCACGGGCUUCUUUCUUUCAGUACCUUCAAGGCAGAAAGGGUUAGGAGUCCAACCUUUUUAUACAAAUAUAUAAAUAUUAUUUUAAAGGUAACAUGCUUUGAAAGCAAUGCUGUUAGCUUCAGUAUAAAUGAUUUAAAAAUAAUAUAUACUGUACAUGGAUGGGGGAAAAAUAUUUUGCUGGCCAAAGACAAGGUAUCUUUGAUAUCUGUGAGAGUACAACUCGUAAAAAAAAAAUUGUGUGUGAGACCUGCGAUGAUUUGCCAUUGUCAGCAGUGUGGCUGUGCAGUGGCUUGUGGGUGCGUGUGGGAUUUGUAACUGCGCGAAUGUGUUCUUUUACCCCGCAUUCCGGGGGACGAAACUCUCGGGAGUGUUUCGACCUCGUGACUCGAUUUGCUUCGUUAGGAGAAGUUGACCUGCUCCGCUCCAUCUCGAGAUGCCUGGCUAUCCCCCAGUUCUGUGUGCUAUUAGGAGCUGGUUCUGUGUUUCAUUCUGAGAACUGAUCUAAUGGGGCUCAUUCAGCACUACGCCUCUUACAAGAGAUGACAUCACCCUCUUGAAAGCUGAGUGGCGUCACACCCUCGCGCUGUUGGCGUAGCUCGAUUCCCUGUUGUCUGGGUGGGGCACCAUGUGGCCAGGAUGCCCUUGAUUCGCGUGAUUGAAAUUCAGGAAAUGGUUUCUCAAUGGGAAUUCUUUGCAACUCAGAUUAUACAGAUUCCCAGCCUACUGACAAUUUUAUGCUAAAAUGUCAAUCAUUUUGCUUAAUGUGAGUUCAGCCCACAUUUUGCAUUGGUUUGCUGUGCUUUCCUAUGGUAUUAUCAUCCUGUGAAGAGGCGGUGUGAUUUUUCUUUUAACCAGUUUGUUAUUUUUAGUACGUUUAAGAAAGGCUAUUUUUUCUAUUUUCUUAGCUUUCAAAGGAGUCUUUUGCUUUUGACUCUUUACUCCUUAAUUACUUCCUGGUUACCUGUGUCCUGUGUGAUUCUCCUGUGUUUUUCUUCAGUUAUGUUUGUCUUUGUCAACAGACUUCAGAAAAUGAAGGUAGUGGGCUGGGGAGGCAAAUCUGUGUUACACCGUGCAACCUUGACAUUCUUCCCCACGCCACUUCCUUUGGUCAUGGUGCAAGACCGCUCUGUCUGCAGGUGUUUUUCACCUCUCGGGCACACACCAUGAAGACAGACAACGGAGAACAAGGAAACUGAGUCAGGCAACCCUUAAAAAGUUUACUGUGGUAGAUCAUGGUAAAAGCAAAGUGAAGCCUAUCAAAGUGUGGUACAAUCCUGGUAAAAGCAUGGAAAGCACUGAGCAGUGUGGUUACAUAUGGACUGCCGGUAAAUCAAACAGGUUAAACAGGCAAAUUCACUGUGGUAAACUUUCAUUAAGGAAGUUAAGUGAAAAGAGGAAAUUGUAAAAAAAAAAAAAUAACAUUCUGCUUCUGCGAGACGUAGCUACAUAAUAUCUGGGCUGUUUGACAUACUGUCCCAUUUCAUGACCUGCACUGAAGUAUAGGAGUCAAAAGCCCUGUCCUGGUGCACCUGGCCAUGUGGUUUACUGUAUGUCUUCUUUCAUAAGUGCUGCUUUUUUCACUUUGUGUUUUUUGGUUACUGAAAGUUACGCAAAGCUGGCUUUGUUGCCUGUUCUCUGUUCUCAUGCACUCGUUCAAUAAAGCUGUGCUGUCUUCCG